AGCUCGUAGUAACUCCUGUUCCGUCGUUCACUCAAUUUUCUCUUGCCCACAACUGACAAGGAAGCGACUCCCGAAGUAACGCCCUGUUUACCCAACGAACCGCUCAAUUCAACCUGUCUGCGGGCUCGCUUGCUUUUUAGUUUCCACGCAGGUUUCGUGUUGUGAACUUGGGGUGAAGAUGUGCUCGAUGGACUUGGAGAAGCUGAAGAUGACGGGAGCUGGUCGAGCCAUGGCAGUGCUGACCAGCGGCGGAGAUGCACAAGGGAUGAAUGCUGCUGUUCGAGCUGUAACAAGAAUGGGCAUCUAUGUCGGGGCCAAGGUCUAUCUUAUACAUGAGGGAUACCAGGGCAUGGUAGACGGGGGAGACAACAUCAAACUGGCAAACUGGCAAAGUGUGACCAACAUCAUCCAGCUGGGGGGCACUGUGAUUGGCAGUGCUCGAUGCAAGGCCUUCACAACCCGGGAGGGAAGGAUUGCAGCCGCCUUUAACCUGGUGAAGAAAGGCAUCACCAACCUGUGCGUGUGUGGCGGAGACGGCAGCCUCACCGGGGCCAACAUCUUCCGCAAUGAGUGGAGCAGUCUGCUGGAUGAACUCUUAAAGAAAGGAAGGAUCACCGACACUAUGGCCAAGCAGCAUGCCAAUCUGAACAUUGUGGGGCUUGUGGGCUCCAUUGACAAUGACUUCUGCGGUACGGACAUGACCAUCGGCGCUGACUCGGCGCUGCACCGCAUCAUGGAGAUAAUUGACGCUAUCAUGACCACAGCACAAAGCCACCAGCGCACUUUUGUUCUGGAGGUCAUGGGUCGACACUGUGGAUAUCUGGCCCUGGUGUCAGCACUGGCAUCUGGAGCGGACUGGCUCCUCAUUCCAGAGGCUCCUCCUCAAGAGGGCUGGGAGGACCGGAUGUGCCAUCGUCUAGAGGGAAGCCGCACAAAGGGGUCAAGACUCAAUAUUAUAAUCCUCGCAGAGGGAGCCAUCGACACAAAUGGCAAGCCCAUCACCUCCACCUACGUAAAAGAUCUGGUGGGGAAGAGACUGGGUUACGACACCAGGGUGACUGUACUCGGCCAUGUUCAGCGAGGGGGAACUCCCUCGGCAUUUGACCGAAUACUGAGCUGUAAGUUGGGGGUGGAGGCGGUGAUCGCCCUGAUGGAGGCCUCUCCUGACACUCCACCGUGCGCCAUCGGCCUGUCGGGUAACCAUGCCGUUCGCCUGCCUCUGAUGGAGUGUGUGGAGAUGACUAAAUUGGUGCAGACUGCCAUGAACGAGAAGAGGUUCGAUGAGGCUAUCAAACUGCGCGGAGGGAGUUUUGAAAACAACUGGAAAAUCUACAAGCUUCUUGCCUUCCAGAAACCCGUCCAGUCUGAGACCAGCUUCUCCCUGGCCAUCCUGAACGUGGGCGCUCCGGCUGCCGGGAUGAACGCCGCGGUGAGGUCUGCGGUGAGGUUGGCGCUGGCUCACGGACAGAAGGUCUUCGCCGUCCACGAUGGCUUUCAAGGACUCGCCAAUGGAAAUCUUGUUGAGAUGAAGUGGCACAGUGUGGCCGGCUGGACGGGCCAAGGGGGAUCGCUGCUGGGGACUAAACGAACUCUUCCAGAAAAACACAUGGCGGAGAUUGUGGAAACCAUCACCAAGUUCAACAUCUCCGCUUUGCUUGUAAUCGGCGGGUUUGAGGGCUACGUAGGUGUGCUGCAGCUGUUUGAAGCCCGGAGUCGCUUCGAUGAGCUCUGCAUCCCCAUGUGUGUAAUCCCCGCCACCGUCAGCAACAACGUCCCCGGAACCGACUUCAGCCUGGGAGCAGACACGGCUGUCAAUGCGGCCAUGGAGAGUUGCGACAAGAUCAAGCAGUCUGCCUCUGGGACCAAGAGACGGGUGUUUGUGGUGGAGACUAUGGGCGGGUUUUGUGGGUAUCUGGCAACCUGCACGGGCAUAGCUGUGGGCGCUGACGCGGCCUACAUCUACGAAGAACCCAUCAACAUCCACGACCUGAAGACCAACGUGGAUCAUUUGACUGAAAAGAUGAAGCAGGACAUCCAGCGGGGUCUCGUGCUGAGGAAUGAAAAAUGCCAUGAAAACUACACUACAGACUUCAUCCACAGGCUCUACUCCUCAGAGGGGAAAGGCAUCUUUGACUGCAGAGUCAAUGUGCUGGGGCACCUUCAGCAGGGAGGGGCACCUUCUCCCUUUGAUAGAAAUUUCGGCACCAAGUUGGGUGUGAAGGCCAUCCAGUGGAUUUCAGAGAGACUGAAUGAAAACUUCCGUCAAGGCCGCGUGUUUGCCAACUCACCGGAUACGGCGUGUGUGCUCGGCCUCAACAGGAAGGUCAUCUCCUUCAGCCCCGUCACCGAACUGAAGGACAGGACUGAUUUUGAGCACCGGGUGCCGCUGGUGCAUUGGUGGAUGAAUCUUCGUCCGUUGCUAAAAAUGUUGGCCAAGUACCAAACCAGCUUCUGUGAAUAUGUGCCUGGAGAGAUCGAACAUGUGACUCGGCGCUCCAUCAGCAUUGACCAUGGAUUCUAGGUUCUCUGACACUGCGAGAUCCUCGCAGACUUCAUACUUCACAAGUGUUUUUUAACCCACUGCAAUGCAUGUUAACUGGACUGAAGAAUUUAAAGGAGAGUCAGCAUUCUGAAAAGUAUUCAUACAUCCAAAGAGGAGCAGGUUUUUCUAUUACUGCGAUUCCAAUGAAGCCUCUGAAGCCAAAUCAAUGCAAUAACAAGAGACUCAGGUGUGCCACCAAGCUAAAACUCCUAUGAUUUACUACUGAAUGUAUUAUAUCAAAGCAAAUGUAUGUGGUGUGUGUCAUGGAAUAUUAUAUGAACAAGAGGGAACCUUAAGUAAAAUGUGUGUGUAUAAUCCAUGUUACCCUGCUAAAAUGGAAAGCUACUAAAUAUGUUUAGAGCAACUCUAUCAUCAGAUUUAAGUGUUGUAAUGUGUGUGUGAUUUGAGAUUGUAAAAUUCCGUUCAAUUUGCACGGUGUCAGAAUAUAAAUGACUUAUGGGACCAGUGAGAUGGUUAUUUCAUUGUAUUUAUACACUGUGUAGGAAACACUGCUCAUUAAUUAAGAACAAGAAUGAGUGGAUACACAGUGUAAUAGAAGUAACUACUUCUGUCCUUCGAACAGAGGUAUCUGUAAGAGAUCUGAAUGUUGUGUAUUGUUUUGAUAAUGCUGUAUCUGAUUAAAUGUCAUUCAACAGUAA